UAACUAAUGAAACGUGUUUGUUAAUGAGCUGUAAUAUUGUUUACAGCUACCUCAAAAUCCUUCAUUAAGAUAAAGAUUUCCCCAUCUUAUAUAUUUAUGUUAGUUUUCACCCUUCAAUACAUCAAUCACUUUUUUUUUUCUUUUUUUUUUUUAAACAUCAAUCAACUUUUCAUUUCACCCACCAAAUGGGCAUUUUUAUUUUUUGUUUUUAUAGCUUUAAAAAUUAUUUAUGGUAACAACUACAAGAGGGCUAAGCAUAAACCAUAAGAGCAUAAUUAGUUUUCUUGAAAAUAAGGGAGAGAGUGACCCACACUAAAAAGUAGACACCAAUACCAUACAUACCGCAAUUGAGAAGAAAAAUUAUAUGAUUCACAAAUCUUUUUUUGUUUUAUUAACACUAGUUAAUGGUCAUAUACAAAAUUCAUACACAUGCAUGAAAUGAAAGGCUGAGAUGGUUCCAAGAUCUUCUCACAUUCUCCCACGUGGCAUGAUCAAGGGUCAGGAUUUGACAAGCUCUACUGCCCACCAACUGAAGCACUAUCAAAUCUCUCUCCCGCAAUCGUUGCCCUCUUAAUUCUUAACCGCUCCACAUUGUUUUUAUUACUCUCUCUCUCUUAAAAAUCAAGAAAUAAACUCACCAAAACAUACUCAUGCACAACAAAACUAAACCACCCUUUAUCUUUGAAACCCCCCAUUUGGCCUUUUUGUUAUUUUUUUCUCUACCAUUUUCUCCAUUUCUCUCUCUCUCUCCCUCUCUUUUUGGGGAAAUGGGGAAAGUGGGACAAGAAUCAGAUUUCAAAACCCAGUUGGUUGCUGAAAUUUGCUCCAUUUCAACAGGCUCUAAUGCCUGUGUUCAUAGGCAACAUUGCAGCCAGGCUAAUAAAUUACCAUUCAUUGAUUGGUACCGUAUUAUAGGAGUGGAAGAAGAUGCUGGGAUAGAUGUUAUUAAAAAAUGUUACCAUAAACUUGCUUUACAACUCCAUCCAGAUAAGAACAAGCAUCCUAAGGCUGAAAUUGCAUUCAAGCUUGUCUCAGAGGCAUAUUCAUGUCUUUCAGACAAUGCACAAAGAAAAGCUUUUGAUUUAAGGAGAUGGAGGAGUUUCUGCUUCGAUUGCCUUCACGCCAAUAUGGCGAAUCCAAAUCUUGCGAAGAACAAGGCUCGGAGAACCCCAAGUUGGCCAAGAUCUCACAAGAUUCUUCGCGGGUUGAAAGAUUUACGAGACAGGUUCAGGGAAGAGACCAAGGUGAUAGAGAAUUGCUUGAAAGCCAAUGCUGCAUCUGCUACUGCUGGUGCUGCUGCUACAACAUCAAGGAAAGACUCUUCUCUGUUUAGUCCAACAAGCUCUUUGUUAAGGAGCAAAUCUCAUAGCGGGAGCCGCAAGGAGUCGCCAAUUUUCAAUCCUUCUGACUAUGUUUUUGAAGGGUAUCCACAUAUGAGGAGUCGAGUUUACAAGAAACCAGACAACUUUUGGUUCAUGAAAACUGGGCACGUUUUUAAUAGUGAAAGAGAUAGUAGAGGGAAUUGUGACUCUCCUAUCUUUGAGAUUAGACCGCAGAGAGGCAUUUUUAAGAGCAAAUCUACUUAUGUCCAUUCAUGACAUUAUUUUAAGGAAAUAGACAUUUCACACA